GUCAACACGAUAUCCUGGAAUGACACCGGUGAAUAUCUGCUGUCGGGGUCAGACGACACCUUCCUGGUUAUCUCCAACCCGUACAACAAGAAGGUCAAGAAGUCCAUACGCUCGGGUCAUCGGGCCAAUAUCUUCAGCGCCAAGUUCAUGCCCCACACAAACGACCAGGAGAUCAUCUCCUGCUCCGGAGACGGCAUCAUCUACUACACCAACACAGAGAAGAGCCCCGAGCACAACAGACAGUGUCAGUUCACCUGCCAUUAUGGAACAGCUUACGAGAUUAUGACGGUACCAAAUGACCCCUGCACGUUUCUGUCCUGUGGGGAGGACGGCACGGUGCGGUGGUUCGACCUCCGCACGAAGACGAGCUGCACUAAAGAAGACUGCCAAAGAUGUACGGACAUCCUGAUAAACUGUCGAAGGGCGGCGACCUCCAUCUCCAUCUCCCCUCUGGUGCCGUACUACCUGGCUGUUGGCUGCUCCGACAGCUCGGUGCGGAUCUACGACAGACGCAUGCUGGGCACCAGAACGACAGGUAACUACAUGGGCCGGGGGACGACGGGCAUGUGCGUGAGGUUUGUUCCCGCUCACCUGUCCAACAAGUCGUGUCGCGUCACUUCUCUCUGCUACAGCGAGGACGGCAAGGAGGUGCUGGUCAGCUACUCCUCCGAUUACAUCUACCUGUUCGAUCCCAAAGAUGACCAGGCCCGAGAGCUCAAGGGCCCGUCAGAGGAGAGGAGGGAGGAGCUGAGGCAGCCUCCAGUGAAGCGCCUACGUCUACGAGGUGACUGGUCUGACACGGGACCCCGAGCUCGCCCCGAGAGUGAGAGGGAGAGGGACGGUGAGCAGAGCCCGAACGUGUCUCUGAUGCAGAGGAUGUCGGACAUGUUGUCCCGUUGGUUCGAGGAGGCCAGCGAGGCUCAGAGCAGCAGAGGGACUCGGCCUCAGACGCGACCCAGAGCCGUCCGUCUAGAAGGGGCGUCGAGUACUCCGGCUGCCCCCGCAGGAGGCUCCGGUCAGCCGUCCAGCGUCCCCGAGAUGCCCGUGGGGUCAAACGCCCGGGAGGUACCUGCCGGUGCCGCCGCAGCCGCCGCUAUGCCUCAAUCCACUUCCUCCUCUUCCUCCUCAGGGUCUUCGUCAACAGUUACAGCACUUCCUCCUUCCAGCUCUUCGUCAGUGGAGAGCUCGGCUCCUUCCUCAUCCCCCCUCACCUCCUCGCCUGACUCAGUCAGUCAGGCCGACACGACUGGGACCCCCACGACCGGGACCCCAACGGCCACGACCUCCACGCCCGGGACCUCCACGCCCACGACCUCCACGCCCACGACCUCCACGCCCGGGACCUCCACGCCCACGACCUCCACGCCCACGACCUCCACGCCGUCAACCACCUCAGAACCUGCUCUUUCAGAGUACAGUUCUCGUCGGCUGCCCAUAAGUUUAGUGUGUAGGCGUUUGCAGAGGUUACUUCGGCUGGCUGACCCACCAGGAGGGGGUCCGCGAGCGGCCCGUUCUUCUCCUUCUUCCUCCUCCUCUUCCCCUGCAGCCACUGAGGGACAGUCACAAAGAGCUACCGAUGCUGCUGCCGCUGCUGAGACGCAACCCUUUCCAGAUUCCCCCUCGUCUGUGGUAAACAAACAGCUGGGAUCCAUGACUCUUGAUGACCAGCAGGGAGCAGCAGAAGCUGCAGGUUCACCUCCUGAUCAACCGGUUUCUGUGCCAGUCAGCACCAGCGCACCCACCACCUCCUCCUCCUCCUCCUCCUCCUCCUCCUCCACCAUGACCGGCACCAGUCGGCCCAGUGCAGCAGAGCCAGUCCUCAGCCUCCACUACAGUUCAGAGGGAACCACCACCAGCACAAUCAAGCUGGACUUCACCGAUGAGUGGAGCAGUAGCACAUCCAGCUCUCUGGGCAGUGGAGGCCCCAAAGCCUCUGAGGCUGUGGCCGCACAGAGCAGAGAGACUCGGUCCAUGGAGAGUUCAGGGUCCGAUCCACCUCCCUCUGUGUCCUCGGGGCAGCAGAGCGUCCCGGCCGCCGCCAUCGAGCCACCGUGUAGCGCCUCCUGCUCGUCGGCUCAGGCCCCAGCCCCGGCGGCAGCGGCGGGGGGCUCCUCCCAGGGCGACACCUUGGCUUCUCCACCGGUGGAAAGGAGUCAGCCGGUGGGCACCGAGGACACGUCAGGAGGCUGCAGGAGAGCGGAGCCCAGAGCGGAGGAGGAAGAGGAGGGCCAGAGUCAGCCCGCACGGGCCCACCAGGACUCUGACGACAGCGACGACGAUCCCAUUCUCAUCCCGUCCACGAGGUUCAGAGGUCAGGGACAGAGAUUAAAUUCCAGAGGAUCUGCAGUAGGAGAUAGGAUGAUCAGACGCUCGGCCGCCGCCCGCAUCCAGGAGCUGUUUCGCAGGAGGAAAGAGCGAAGGGAGAUGGAGGAGAGCGAGACACAGAAUAUCAGGAGACCCUCAGUCAAGAUGGUCUACAAAGGCCACCGCAACUCCAGGACAAUGAUAAAGGAGUCCUGUUUUUGGGGGAACAACUUUGUGAUGAGCGGCUCAGACUGCGGCCACAUCUUCAUCUGGGACAGACACACUGCAGAGCACCUCAUGCUGCUGGAAGCCGACAACCAUGUGGUGAACUGCCUGCAGCCGCACCCUUACGACCCCAUUCUGGCUUCCUCAGGGAUUGACUACGAUAUCAAGAUUUGGUCGCCACUGGAACAAUCGCCAUCUUUCAACAGAGUCCUCGCCAAUGAGAUAAUAACUCGGAACGAGCUGAUGCUCGAGGAAACUAGGAACACAAUCACAGUCCCGGCCUCCUUCAUGCUCCGAAUGUUGGCCUCCCUCAAUCACAUCAGAUCAGAUCGACUAGAAGGGGAUCGCUCCGAAGGUUCAGGACAGGAAAACGAGGACGAGCAGUAGCCUGUUGGCAUUUUAUUUUAAAGAAAAACACUUUCUUCUUGCUGUAUAGCACUUGAAAAAAAAACAAAAAAAACCUGGGAUUUGUACAAGUAUAGUGUAGAAUACUUCCUUUUGAAAAUUAGUGUAAUUUCUAGCCCCCUGUGUUUUUCUAAGAUGACUUUCUUACUGAUGUUUCUGUAUGAUGAUAAAGUACAUCUGUGUGAAUGCAAAAGGCAACCACGUCAGUAUAUAUAUAUUAAGUGUGAGAAUAAUGGCGACUGGUGUGCAAGAAUGUUAAGUGCAAUAUUAUUUUUUGUUAGGAGAAAGUGAGCUUUGAUCAGUGUUAACGUGUGACAUUUUGAAUUUGUAGCACAAAGCUAAGAAAUGUUGAUGUUGCUGCUCUGGCAGUUACGCAUGUAAACAACGACUUUAAGUAAAAACAUACUUGGAGAUCGCUUUAAUUUUAUUGUUGGAAGAAAACAAAGCUUUGGUUCUUCGACCCAAAAAAGGGACAUGUCAAAUAAAGUAAAUCUUUUACAGAUUUUUGAACAACAAAAUAAAUAAAGCUACGGCAUCUCAAAGAUGUCCGGAUGAUAAAAGCUUAA